AUGCCGUACAUUAAGCUACACUUUGCCGAGCCGGGGUACAGCACCUCGUGCCUGGGGAUCUGGAACCUCGUCUCAUCUAACAGCGACUUUACACUAGCCUCUGAGAUUCUUCAUGAGCCCAGGGGUUCGUAUCUAACGCCCAGUGGGGUACACUUGGCAGCCCGUUUACCUCUGGACUUGCAUAAUCUGUGGAUUUUUCUAUUGCGCCUAAGGAGCCCGGGCCAGCUGUCUAUGAAAAUGUUCCGGAUGAUGGCAUUCACCCGGGAUGUGGCUAUAUGCUUAAAUCAUGACAGGCCAAACGGCAUUUCUCGGUUAUGUCUCCUCGAAAUAUCGAGUUUCGCAAAUUGUGCAGGGUUUGACUUUGACGUGGACUUACCUGGCAUAAGUUGGUCCAAGCUCGACAUAGUGGGAGAUGUCCCCCACGCGUCCCCCACGAAUCCUUGGAAGCCCAUGGGCCUCGAACGCAAGUGCAUCAAUGGGAUUGAGGCAACCGUUUCGCGCAUACCAUGGCAGCUCGAUUUCUUCUCCUCGAAAUGUGUCUCAUUCAGCUACUUGCCGUGGAGCAUACAUGCAACCUUGAUGGGCGCCAUUUCUGGUGUUAGUGGCCAACCGACUCUCGUCUACAGAAGUUCAUCUCAUCGGAGUAGAACACAGGCAUCCUCUGCUCACCUCCCCGUCUUAUUACUUCUGGCAUCGACCCUCCAUCGACUUGACUGCAAGAUAUCAAAGUCUACAAGUCUUGGAGAAUCUCUGACAGCUCCUACAACUACCCGUCAUAGUAGGAAAAGGGUUCCCUGUCUUCGUCAUAAAGGUCUUAUUGGACAUACCGAUAUUCACAUCUCUGUUGACGACUCAUCCCGAGCUCUCUCUGAGCCUCCAUGCGAAUCUGCGUCGUGUAUUUCUCAAGCGUCGACGAGACCCCUGUUGCCAACAUAUGGUGGUCAACUACCUAGGCGAGGGUCAUGCGAUGAAUUUGAUGAGAAUGGUGCCAGGAACAAGUCUGCUAACAGCGUCAAUAUCUCGCUCCGGCUAACGCACUUUCAAUCGAGGCGUUCCCAGAUCUUCCCUGGUACGGCGCUCCCUCACUAA